ACUAUUGUCACUAAUCAACACAAGCUACAAGCAAAUAAAGUAAGUGUCAUUGCUGUUAGAAGACUUGUUUACAUGCCUUCCAUAUGUCUUGAAACGAUCUUGAAAUUCUUCGAUGAAUUCAUAUAUUACAUUAUUGAUACUAUUUAUUUGAAACCUUGAUUAGCUUGUCGUAAUCUGAAUAAACGCAUUUAUUUUUAUCCUAAAAAUUAGUGAAUUGAAUGUGAUUAAACUUUUUCAUAGUGGAAAAAAUCCUUGAACAGAGUGUGUGAAAUAAUUUCGCUGGGUAAUAUUCAGGGGAAAAAAUAUGUAACAAGGAAUUAAUACAAAAUCGACCUUUCGCUGAACAAAAUCCUUAUUCAAAAUAGCACUCAUUCACACUGGUGGAAAUAAAUUAGUUCAAGAAUUAGAUCAUACAUACAGAAAUACAAAAAAAAACUAUUAAUUCUGAAGUACAUUAGUUCAGCAUGUUUAACGAAACGUUCACAUGCGGUGAGAAUUCAAAGAAACAAUCUCCUGAUUGUGCAAAAGAUAAAAAGAAUUUCAGGAAGUGCAAUAAAACAUUCAAACGGAAAGCCAGUUUAGCCAAACACUAUCUUAUUCAUGCAAGAGAUAAACAAUUUUCUUGUAGUGUGUGUAAUAAAAUAUUCAAACAAAAAUCCAGUUUGAUUAUUCACUAUCUUACUCAUACCGGAGAAAGACCUUUCUUAUGCAGUGUAUGUGGUAAAACAUUUGCUCGGAGAGCUUGUUUAAAUAAACACUAUGUUACACAUACCGGUGAAAAACCUUAUUCUUGCAGCGAGUGUGGUAAAUUAUUCACUCAGAAAAGUAGUUUAAAUUUUCAUCUUGUUACUCAUACUGGAGAAAAACCUCAUGCAUGCAAUGUAUGUUAUAAAACUUUUACACUAAAAACGACUUUGAAUCGACAUCACCUACUUCAUAUUAGAGAAAAACUUUAUUCAUGCAGUGUAUGCAAUAAGACAUUUUCUGAGAAAAUACAAGCUACUGAACAUGCUCUUGUUCAUACUGAAGAAACUCCUUAUUUCUGCAGCAACAUAGAGAAUAAAACAUUCUUAAAUCAAAUAAGUUUAAAUGAACAUCCUGUUACUAAAGAAAAGCCCUAUUCAUGUGGUCAGUGUGAUAAAUCUUAUACACAAAAAUCUAGUUUAAUGAGGCACUUUCUCGUUCAUACUGGAGAGAAACCCUAUCCAUGUAAUGUGUGUGAUAAAUCUUUUAAGAAAAACUUUCAUUUAAUUCGGCAUUAUACUAUUCAUACUGGCGAAAAGUCUUUUUCAUGCAGUAUGUGUAAUAAAACAUUCUCUCAGAAAAUCAAUUUAAAUAAACACUAUCUUGUUCAUACUGGUGAAAAACCUUAUUCAUGUAGCUUUUGUGAUAAAACAUUCACACAUAAAUAUAGUUUAAAUAACCACAUUCGUGUUCAUACCGAAGAGAAGCCUUAUUCAUGCAAUAUUUGUGAUAAAUCUUUUGCUCAAGAGAGAAAUUUAGAUAAACACUAUAUUGACCACACUAAAAAUAAACCUUAUUCGUGCAAUGUGUGUGACAAAUCUUUUAUGAAAAAUUCUGAUUUAAUUAGGCAUGAACGUGUUCAUACUGGAGAAAAGCCUUAUCCAUGCACAAUUUGUAGUAAAAAAUUUUCUCAGAAAGGUGCUUUAAAAAAGCAUUAUCUUGUUCAUACUGGGGAAAAACCUUAUUUAUGCAGUAUGUGUGAUAAAGCGUUCACUCAGGUAGUUCAUUUAAGGUCACACUCUCUUAUUCAUACAGUGCCUGCGGCUAAUUGCAGUAUGUUUAACGAAACAUUCACGUGUGGUGAGAGUUCAAAUAAACAUUCUCUUGUUUGUAACAAAGAUAAAAAGAAUUCAUGCUGGAAGUGCAAUAAAACAUUCAAACGGAAAGCCAGUUUAACGAAACACUAUCUUAUUCAUACAGGAGAUAAACGAUUUUCUUGUAGUGUGUGCAGUAAAAUAUUCACACAAAAAUCCAGUUUAAUUACUCACUAUCUUACUCAUACCGGAGAAAAACCUUUUUCAUGCAGUGUAUGUGAUAAAACAUUCACACGGAAAGCUUAUUUAAAUAAGCACUAUGUUACACAUACCGGGGAAAAACCUUAUUCUUGCAGUGAGUGUGAUAAAGCAUUCACUCAGAAAAGAGGUUUAGAUAUUCAUCUUCUUACUCAUACUGGAGAAAAACCUCAUACAUGCAAUGUAUGUGAUAAAACUUUUGCUCUGAAAACUAAUUUGAACAGACACCACCUAGUUCAUAUUGGGGAAAAACUUUAUUCAUGCAGUGUAUGCAAUAAGACAUUCUCACAGAAAAUACAAGCAACUAAACAUGCUCUUGUUCAUGCUGAAGAAACUCCUUAUUCCUGCAAUAUAGAGGAUAAAACAUUCUCAAAUCAAAGAAGUUUAAAUGAACACCAUGCUACUAAAGAAAAGCCUCAUUCAUGUGGACAGUGUGAUAAAUCUUUUACAAAAAAAUCUAAUUUAAUGAGACAUUAUCUCAUUCAUACUGGAGAAAAACCUCAUUCUUGUAGUAUUUGUGGUAAAUCUUUCACAGAGAAAAGAAGUUUGAAUGAACAUUAUCUUGUUCAUACUGGAGAGAAACCCUAUCCAUGUAAUGUGUGUGAUAAAUCUUUUAAGAAAAACUCUCAUUUAAUUCGACAUUAUACUAUUCAUACUGGCGAAAAGUCUUUUUCGUGCAGUAUGUGUAAUAAAACAUUCUCUCAGAAAAUCAAUUUAAAUAAACACUAUAUUGUUCAUACUGGUGAAAAACCUUACUCAUGCAGCUUUUGUGAUAAAACAUUCACACAGAAAAGUAGUUUAAAUAAACAUAUUCGUGUUCAUACUGAAGAGAAACCUUAUUCAUGCAACAUUUGUGGUAAAUCUUUCGCAGAAGAGAGAAAUUUAAAUGAACACUAUAUUGAUCAUGCUAAAAAUAAACCUUAUUCGUGCAAUGUGUGUGAUAAAUCUUUUAUGAAAAAAUCUGAACUAAUUAGACAUGAACGUGUUCAUACUGGAGAAAAGCCUUAUCCAUGCACUAUUUGCAGUAAAAAAUUCUCUCAGAAAAGUGCUUUAAAAAAGCACUAUUUUGUUCAUACUGGAGAAAAACCCUAUCCAUGCAGUAUAUGCGAUAAAGCGUUCACUCAGAUAGGUCAUUUAAGGUCACACUCUCUUAUUCAUGCAGUAUCUGCGGCUUAUUGAAAUCACAUUCAUUUUGCAGAUAUUUGAUUUCAUAAAGUGACUGAUUUUGCAAACUUGUAUAUAUCUACACUUACAAAAAAAAAGGAUUUCAAAAUUCAAUGAAAGCUAAAUUGAUUGUUAUUUUAUUGUAAUUGUUUAUAUUUGCACUUGACAUUUUAAUUAAACCUUAACUACUUCUUUUGAUUAUUGAAUGGUCUAAAAAUAUCAGCAUAUUGUUUGCUUAUUAAUAGUAUUUUAACUAAAAAUUUAAUAAUAUUAUUUAUUUGUUUUUGUAAUUUUCAUUUAAUAAAGUUUUUGUAACUGUCAUUGAGGGUCAAAGAGAAAUUGAAAUAUGUUACAAAUUUAUCUAUAUGUUACAAUAUGUUACAAAUCUUGUCAUUUUGACUGUCUGCUAGCUAACAAAUUAAACUUAAAUUAAUUUUAAAAUAUAAACUUAAUGUUUAUUCUUGCUGAAUAACAGUGAAACCUCUCGAAAGCAUUCUCAGGGGUUACCUCCAUUGACUUCAAAAUUUUGUCGAAGGUACAUUAUUUUUACAAUGGAUUUUAAUUUCAUUCUGUGUCAGUUCCAUGGUGUGGAAAUGCCAUUAGUGUUGGCAUCGUGAAAACUGGAUUGAUGAAUAAAAUUUAGCUUCAAUAAAAAUUAUCCUUACUGAUAUAAUUUAGGAAAAAAUAAAUUUACUAAUUAUGAAUAUAAGAACUAUUGUGAAUAAAUGAACAAUUGUGUUUUUUUGUUUAAGUUUGCAUUUAAUUUAUAUCAUAAAAAUUA